CACGUCAGAGACGAUUAAUGUGCGCGGGGAGGACGUGUGGUUGUCGCCGCGGCGACGGCGCCAUCACCGCGGUAGGAAGAUGUCAGACGCCGACUCGCAACCGUUCGACCGACUCGUGAACGGCGAGAGUAGUAGCGUCGACACCGCUGCUGCUGCCGCCACUGACAGCGCCGGUGGCGACAGCGGUGAAACGAAAGAAGGAGAAGAAGACAGCUGCGUGGGUGGCGGUAGUGGUGGUGGAAGUGUUUCUGGUGUAAGUUUUUGUAUUGAUGGUGUUGGUAAUAACGAUUCUGUUGUUGGUGUCAGUGACGUUGGUAACAACAACAGCGUCCUUCCCAUCGUCGCGGUCGCUGUUACCGGCGGCGCCGUCGGUGGCGCUUUUUCGGACGUUUCCCGUGAUGUGACGUUGCUGGACGCCCGCGGCGGCACGACGCCAGUAAGUUCUCGAUGCGGGACAACAGUGCCAUGCACCUGCGGUAAUGGCUGUCGCUGUUGCAUUUCUGUCAUCGACCUCGCAUUAUCAACAUCGUCGUCUUCGUCUUCGACGUCUCGUUUAACGACGCGCAACGUAUCCGAUGACGCAAACUGCGACAAUGACGAUAUCGUCACUACGACAGACUGUCGAGGAUUCGCUCUGAGUAGCGUAGUCGGAGCGGCGGUUGCAAGAGCGAGAACACUGGCGUUGGAUGCCGGUGGUAGUAUAAACGUUAAAACAGUCAGCAGGAGUAGCAAUAGCGGCCUCAUAAACAACACCACCGCUGUCGUGAUUGUUGACACCGCGUCCUCGGUGUUUCACGACAUUGACGAGGACGAAGAAGAAGACGAAGACGAAGAGGAAGAGAAGGAGGAGCAUCAUCGGCAUUACAGUCGCGGCAACAUGGUCGCGGCAAUGAACGAACAUCUGUCGAGCGGGACCACGACGACGACAACAUCGUCAUCGCCGACGGCGGCGGCGGCGAACGCUUUACGCGGGGUCGCAACCAAUACCGCCGCAAUGUCGUCGUCGUCAUCGGCAAUGAACACAAUUGGCGGUAUCAACAGCGUAAACUCCACGGCGACAAUGACGAUAAACAAUACGAUAAACAUGGGAAGUAGCGUAAUCGGUAACAAUAGCUACAACAACAACACGCGGAAUCAGGAAUUUCAAGAGAUGGACGGCGACGACGGCAAGACCUCGACCACAACCGGCGGUGCUGCUGGUAUUCUUAGUUUUCCCUGUGAUUUCGAUCACAUGUACGCCAGCAUGACGGACGGCGGUGCGCCCACAGCCGCCACGGUAACCGCGACUUCGGCUCUCGGCGUCAGUCCGUUGCGCGGCAACGAACCACGUCAAAACGAUCUCACGGAGGUCAAGCACCUGAAGGAGCUGCUGUUGCUGCACCUUGACCUCAUACAACAGCAGUCCGAGCAGAUCGUCACCAAGGACAAGCUUCUUGCCGCGCUACGUCAGGAAAACGAGACGUUGAAACUACGUCUUGAGCGUAUGGAAAGACGUGUUAGUCUUCAAAAGUUGAAGACCGAAUGCACCGAAAACUCAACUGGUUUGGAACACUUGAGCGUGUGUUCUCCUCCCGCUGUCAAUUCAGUGAGCGCACCUUCAACCAGCGAACAUCACAGAAACGCCCAGUGUGACAGUGGCAAUACUCUGCACGAAAGUUUCAAAAUACGUCUCAACACCACCGGUGGUAUUACAACUGUCAAACAAGAACCAAUUGAUAAUCAAAUUAAGGUUGAGAUUAAGCAAGAGCCUAACGAGACCAGAUUUGAAUGGGAGGAAAAGAAGAAGAGACGGUUGGAUCAGACAGUUGUGUCUCCCGGUGGUAAAAAAAAGAGAGCAAUCUCAUGUUCCUCAACUGUUAGCAACGAUGGUAUACAAGAUAAGGUAUUAAGUCAGAUUCAGCACGAGAUCAGCAGGAAGAGCGAGAGGAAGGCAAAAUCUUUUACAAAAAAAGAAUCCUUUCUCACAACGGAGGAGCACUAUUUCACAGCGGUAGGAGAUUCGAAUUAUGCGUUAAGUCUAAAACAAUCCAGUUCGGUAGAAGCAGAUAGUUCUUUAGAAGUUCCGAAUUGGAGAGUAAAGGUAUACACGAGUUGCUACACAAUGGAAGGGACAGAGAAUUUGGAUGAUGAGAUUUUUAACAAGAGACAUCUAAAAUUGGAAAAUGACGAGAGAAGGAGAAAGCGAUGGGAUGUGCAGAGAAUAAGGGAACAAAGACACAUAGAGAAGUUAAAACAAAGGCAAGAACGUCAAAAUCACCAAGCCACAUGUUAUAAUAUCAAUCAUACCGGUCCUUGUUCCUCAUCUACAGAAGAGGAAACUGUAACAUCUUUGUGGCCUGAUGUGGAACAAAUUCAAAGUCUUCAGGUGGAUCUUCACUUACCAGUAACUGCAUUUGGCGCUCCUAUCACUAGUUUUACUCCAAGCGAAUUUUCCUUACCUUGGUCGAAUAUAACGCGAAUAAAAUGUCGACGUCCUAAACGUUUGAUAGGUAGAAGAAAAUCUACAAGUAGAAGAAAAGUUUAGAAGACAUAAAAAAAACGAACUUUUUUUUUUUUAUAAAAGUGGACUAAAAAGUUUUACCUGUUCCAUCAGUUUUAAACUCCUGAAAGAAAAAAAAAAGAAAAAAGAAAAAAAAACCAUUGCUCCCUCAUAUCUCAACAUCGCCAUAUACUCGGAUAUCAGCGUUUUUUUUUUUGCUACUACGCAAUAUAGGAUAGGAGCACCAAAGAUAUUUUUAUUAACUUUUUAAACAUCUCCGAAAUGUUGUAGUAUAAUAUGUAUAGUUUAUCUAUUUUUUCUACAUUUUUGUCGAUUAAACAAACUUAUCGUCUAUAUUUGUUUGAUACAUCAUAUUCUAAGUUUUGUACACGGUGUUGGUCAUUUUAUUUAUGUAAACAUGAAUAUGUAUCACACAAUAUAUAACGAAUCUGUAUGUCAA